AUGAGAUGCAUUGCACACAUAAUUAACUUGGUUGUUGUUGAUGGAUUAAAGGAAACUAAUGUUUCAGUGAAAAGGGUUAGGGAAGCAGUGAGAUAUAUUAGGCAAUCUCCUGCUAGGUUGCAAAAGUUUAAAUCAUGUUGUGAGAUGGAGGGGAUUGAAAGUAAAAGUUCUUUAUGCUUAGACGUGUGCACUAGGUGGAAUUCUACUUAUUUGAUGUUAAAUGUUGCACAAAAGUUUGAAAAUGCAUUUGAUAGAUAUGCUACUAUAGAUCCAUGCUUUAAAUUUGAUCUUCAGUCAAGUGAUGGUUUGCCAGAUAGUUUGGAUUGGGAAAAUGUUAGGAGACUUGUAGAUUUUUUGGGCCACUUUUAUGAUCUUACCUUGAGAAUAUCAGGAUCUCGAUAUGUCACUUCUAAUAUAUUUUUUAAUGAGAUCAGUUCAGUUGAUUGUUUAUUACAAGAGUGGCAAGGGAGUAAUGACAUAGAAUUGGCAUGUAUGAGUGAUAGGAUGAAGGUAAAAUUUGAUAAAUAUUGGGGGGAUCCUGAUAAGAUGAAUAAAAUAGUUUAUAUUACAGUGGUGGUUGAUCCUCGAUAUAAGUUGGAAUUUAUGGAAUUUGCUCUUUCAACUGUGUAUGGGAAAGAAAAGGGUAUGGAAUUGGCAAAGAAAAUUAAAUUGACUGUAUAUGAGUUGUUUGAUGAAUAUAAGAAAACAUAUCAAGCGGAACAUGAACGUGGUAGCAAUGUAGCUGGGAAUACAAGUGAAAACAAUGAAAGUGAAGGAGUAAAAAAGAAAUCACGGUUGAAUUUUGGGGAUCAAUUCUUGAAACAUAAAAUAGAGACUGGAGAAGCUAAUAGCAAGUCUAACUUAGAUUGCUAUUUGAAUGAGGGCAUUAAAGUGGUGGAUGAAAAAGAAGAAUUUGAUAUAUUAAAGUGGUGGCAACUUAAUUCUGGUAGGUUUCCCAUCCUUUCAAUCAUGGUAAGAGAUAUAUUGGCAAUGCCUAUAUCUACAGUUGCUUCGGAAUCAGCCUUUAGUACUGGAGGUAGAGUACUUGAUCCUUUAAGAAGUUCUUUAACUCCUAAAAUUGUUGAAGCAUUAAUAUGUGCACAAGAUUGGUUGCGGAAGUCCCAUUGUUGCAAAUCCAUUGAAGAGCAAAUUGCUGACCUUGAAAGGCUUGAAGAGGGUGUGUGUUUCGAUUAA